GCUGUAGCCCAGUUGUUGAAGCGUUGAACACAGAGAGAGAGAGAGAGAGGAGAGCAAACAGAAGGAACUCACCUCCCUUGGGAUUCUGCCCCCGUGAAACGGAUUCUGAUUUAUUUCCCUGCCUGGAAACUGUUAUCUUGCGGGGCUGGUGGGGCUUGUUUCUCUCUCUUUCCCUCUCUCUCUCUCUCUCGCCUGUUUACGAGCGUGCAGGAAGUUAUCUGAGCACAUUGGUGAUGGUUGUACUGACUGCAAGCAAAAAGAUUGCUACUGCCAGCGAUAACAGCAGAUGCUCGGCAAGCUUUUGUCCUCCCCUCUCCCCCUCUCUCUCUAUCUGUGUGUCUACCCUCAGCUUUUAACCAGGUGUUGCUCGCUGCUGUCAAUCGCUGUUGAACCUCUCAGCCUUCGCCUCUCUAGCCCCGAGGGUGGAAGAAUAAGUGAUUGAACGAUCUGAUGAGAGGGACACCCAGUAUUUCGACGGGAUCAGAGAGCAUUCUGCCAUGGCAGCAGGAACAGAGGGUUUGGAAGGCAUAGUUAUGAGUCCCAGUCAGAUCAGUAUGAACGUGACUGACACUACAGCAUGGGCCACCGCGAUGAACAACCUGGGGAUAGCACCUGUCCGACUCACUGGCCCACCACUGGUAUCAGAUCCUAUUUGUGUUCCAGCGUUUGACCACGGCCUUGGCUUAAUGACAGGAAUGGCACCGGUGAACCCAAUGAUGACCGGCAUCAGUCUGCUCCGACCGCCAGUCCCUCCGGGGUUAUCCGUGGUGAAAGAAAUCAUCCACUGCACCAGCUGUACUCUCUUUCCCGCCAAUCCAAAUCUGCCCCCUCCAGCCACUCGUGACCGUCCACCCGGCUGCAAGACGGUGUUCGUGGGUGGCCUGCCAGAGAACGCUGGUGAGGAUGAGAUCCGCGAAGUCUUCGAGCAGUGCGGCGAGAUCACGGCCAUCCGCAAAAGCAAGAAGAACUUCUGCCACAUCCGUUUUGCUGAGGAGUUCAUGGUGGACAAAGCCAUCUACUUGUCAGGCUAUCGAAUGAGGCUGGGAUCAAGCACGGACAAGAAAGACACAGGUCGCUUGCACGUGGACUUUGCUCAGGCUCGCGACGAUCUAUAUGAGUGGGAGUGUAAGCAGCGGAUGUUUGCCCGGGAGGAACGGCACCGGCGCAUGCUGGAGGAUGAACACCUGAGACCACCCUCUCCUGCGCCGAUUGUACACUAUUCGGAGCAUGAGGCCAGCCUCAUGGCUGAGAAACUCAAAGACGAGAGCAAGUUCUCGGAAGCCAUCUCGGUGCUGCUGGCCUGGUUUGAACGGGGAGAGGUGACCCGUCGCUCGGCCAACAAUUUCUACUCCAUGAUUCAGUCCGCCAACAGUCACAGCCGGAGGCUGAUGAGCGAAAAGGCGGCUCACGAGCAAGAGAUGGAAGACGCCAAGGAGCGAUUCAAAAACGCCUUAGCCCGGAUCCUGACUGGAUUUGAGCAGAUUGUUGCAGUGUUCAAGGCUGCCUCGAAGCAAAAGGCUUGGGACCAUUUCUCAAAAGCUCAACGCAAGAACAUUGAAAUUUGGCGCAAGCAAGCCGAGGAAAUCCGGAACGUGCACAGUGAAGAACUGAUGGGGAUUCGUCGCGAAGAGGAAAUGGAAAUGUCCGAUGACGACUACGAAGAAAGCCCAAAUAAAUUAGCCCCAUUGGAGGAGUCGGCUCUGGCUGCUCAGGCACGUGCCCUGAAGGAAGAGAAUGACAGUCUGAGGUGGCAGCUGGACGCCUAUCGGAAUGAGGUGGAGCUGCUUAAACAGGAGCAGGGCAUGUUCCAACGCAUGGACGAAAGCCACACCAAGGAGCAGCAGCUCCAGUUUCAGCAGCAAGCAAUGCAGGGGAUGCAGCAGCAACUGCUCACACUGCAAGAGGAAUGCAGGAAGAAGGAAUUGGAACUGGAGAAAAUGAAGGAGGAGAAUUCACAAGUGCAAGCAUUGCUUGCAACGCUGAAAGAAAAGGAGAUGAAUGGGUUCACUUUGUCCGUCUCUACCCAAGGCAGCCAGACCAGCGAGGGAUGCCCUGCUUCCCGGCCACUCAAAUCGGAGAAAGAAGCUUUAUUAGUAGGUAUUAUUUCAACUUUCCUACAUGUCCAUCCGUUUGGAGCGAACAUCGAGUAUCUCUGGUCUUACCUACAGCGACUAGAUGCCAAGAUAUCUUCAGGUGAGAUCGAGAUGCUGCUCUCCCAGCUGCCGCACAUGUUCAAACAGGAAUUCACCGGUGUUGGGGCUACGCUGGAGAAAAGGUGGAAAUUCUGCGCCUUCGAAGGAAUUAAGACAGUCAGCCAGUGAGCUGAGAAUGGAGCUUGGCUAAUCGAUUUCCGACCGCAGUUCAAGUUUUAUCCGUCGGUGAGAGUGAACCCUGGUGACCACGAGGAGGAUGAAGGCUGCAUAGCCGUUCAGGCUUGAGAUCAAACUGCUGUUGUAUCUCUGGUGACUAAAAACCUAUCUGGGCCCUGGCUACUGACCUAGGUCAGAACAUCAGAAACUCCCAUUACCUGACUUCUUCCUCAACGGUGAAGGGGGUAAGUGGGAGUCACUGCUUGGAGAUCUUAGUAAACUAUCCUGAGGGAAGAAAAAAGUCAUUGGAAAUACUCACGGGUGACCAUGCUGGAGAGAGAACACAUUCCGAUGAUCCAGAAACUGGUCGCAAACUUCGGGCCGGGGGCUGUUACCACUGAAAGGUCCCUGCUGUGGACAGAGCAUGCUGGGAAACAUGCCAAGGUGUAGAGCUCAAGAGAAAAAGGGGAGCAUAGAAUGAUGACCCUCUUCCUCAGGCACAACGCAGACUGAGGUCUGUCUCUGUCUCUCUCUCUCCCUCUCUCUUUGCUCACGUGAGGGUCAAACUGAAAUAUGUUUAAAGUGCUAAGGGAAUCGUGAUUCUUCUCUGUUUCCUGAUACAUAUGACCUUCAAACUGGCUGCAUCGCACAGAUGGGAAAAUCUUACUAU